GUUAUCACUAAUUUUAUCGUAGGUACUAGGUAGUAGUGGUAGCACAUAAUAAAGUGGUAGUACGAAUAAUAAUCAAUUAUCAAAUCAACCAACGGUUUCUUGAUGUUCUUUCUCGUGUAGUUUGGUGUUCAGGAUUCAGGCAUUCAGCCACAAUUUAUAAAAAAAAUGAGUGCUAAACGAAAAAAUACCUCAAUAUUGAGUUUUUUUUUCAAAAAAAACCAAACCAUCUGCUGAUACUUUAGAAUCAAAUAGUGACCCAUCACCUUUACCACAAAGUGAGACUAUAGAGUCACAAAACCUAAUUUUGUAGGUACAUUGUACAUAGGUAAAUUCAGAAAUAUAAAUAUUACAAUUACAAAUAUCUUUUUAAGUUAUUUGUUUAGAAAAUAUGUGUAAAAACUUAAUCAAUAAUCAACUGUCAAAAAGGCGUUUGUGAGUUUAUGUUUUAAAAAUUAUCAUUAACUAUGACUAAGGUCCAAAUCAUCUAUGAUGGAAAAUGUUGAAGAAGUAAAAAUUCACUCUUCAAAAACACUGCUUAGUAAAUGUGUUAGAAAUGAUGUAUCAUGUUAUGUUGGAAAAACAGUAUCAAUGUCAAAUGAUGAAAAACUUGACAUUUUGGAUCAUUUAUGGAUACCUAAUGUAAGCUACAACUUCCCAAAAUCUGGUAAAAGAAAUUUGAAAUUUCAACACAGCUGGUUGUAUGAAUUCAAAUGGUUGGCUUACUCUGACAUUGAAGAUGGUGCUUAUUGUAAAAUUUGUAUUUUUUUUCCUUCUCCUAAUAUAUGUGUAGGUAAGGGAUCACACGAAGCUACUGGUCGCUUGGUUUUGGAUAAAUAUGACCACUGGAAAAAUGCUAAAGAAGAUUUUAAAAAACAUGAAAAAACCGACUAUCACAAGUUUAAUCAGUUACAAGAAAAAAAUGUCCUAUCUAUAAAAGAAAAAAAAACCAUAUCUAUAGAUCUGCAGUUAAAUGAAGCCAAAAAAAAAGAAGUUUUGGAAAAUCGUAAAAAAAUACUUCCAAUUAUAAAAACUGUAUUAUUAUGUGGGCGACAAGGACUGGCUUUGAGAGGGCAUUUUGAUCAUGGUCUUAAAUCUUUACAAACUAAAGUUGAUAAUUCAAAUAAAGAUGAUAAAACACUAAAUGAAGGUAAUUUUCGUGCUCUUUUGAAGUUUAGAAUUGAUGCAGGUGAUUGCGAUUUGGAAAACCAUCUAAAUACUGCUUCCAAAAAUGCUACUUACAUUAGUCCUAGAGUACAGAAUGAAAUAAUAUCAAGUUGUAACAAUAUUAUUCUAAAAAAAUUAGUGGACCAAAUUAAUAAUGCUGAAUGUUUUGCUUUAUUAGCAGACGAAACAAUGGAUGUAUCUACAAAGGAACAACUUUCAAUUUGUAUAAGAUAUUUUGAUGAUGGUGAAAAAAAGAUAAGAGAAGACUUUCUUCAAUUUGUACAAGUUAAUGAUGUCAGUGGUAAAGGUCUUGCUGAUACUAUUUUAGAAAGUAUCUCAAGUUUUGGUAUAAACCCCAAAUUUAUGAUCGGCCAAGGUUACGACGGAGCUGCUGCUAUGAGCGGACAGUUUAAAGGUGUACAAACUAGAAUUCGUGAAAUUUAUCCACUAGCUUAUUACAUCCAUUGUAGCGCUCAUUGCCUGAAUUUGGUAAUUUCUGAUUCUUGUAAUAUCCCGGAAAUUCGUAAUACGAUAGGUACCAUGCAAUCAAUUUGUAAUUUUUUUGGAUACCCAAAACGACUUGAGGUGCUUCAAAGAUGUAUUAAAGAUUUGUUUCCUAGUUCUAAAGCUAGCAGGUUAAAACAAAUGUGUCCAACGCGUUGGGUACAGCGCCACGAUGCUGUUAUUUUAUAUGAAGAGAUGCAGCUCGCUGUAGUCAGUGCGUUAGAAAUAUUAUCUAAUAAUUCAAGUACUGGAUUUAUUGAAGAAUAUUCUUGGAUUUCUAGUAAUAUAUCAUCUCAGGCAGAUCAAUUAUUAUGUGCUAUUGAAAAAUUACAAUUUCAAGUUUCUCUUUACGUUUUAACUAAAGUCCUAUCUAUUAGUGUUGGUUUGAGUCGUAGUUUGCAACUAGAAAAUUCAGAUUUAAAAACUGCAUUAGAUGCUGCUUCAUGUGUUGAGAAUUUAAUUGAACAACUUCGUAUUAACAGUGAAAAUGAAUUUAUGAAAUUAUUUGAAACUGUUAAGAAAACUUGUGAACAAAUUGGUAUUUCUGAUUUUUCACUUCCAAGAAAAAUUAAUCGCCAAAAAACUAGGAAUAAUGUUCCAGCUGAAAAUGUUGAGCAGCAUUUUUUACGGUCAAUUUUUAUACCAUUUCUCGACACAUUUUUGCUCCAGCUUCGUGAAAGACUCACAUCACAUAAUACUAUUCUAAAAAACUUUUCCUGUUUGAUUCCUAAAACAAAAAACCCAUCAAAAGAACAAGAAAAAAGUUUUAUCGAUCUUCAUGAAACGUAUUCAUCUUUUAUUAAUAAAAGUAAAUUAAUGACUGCUGAAGAAUUCAAAUUAUGGUAUACAUUUGUGGAACAAAAUGAAAUGAAUCCAAAAAGUCCUAUAGAUGCUCUUAUUACAUGUGAUAAAAUAUUAUUUCCAACUAUUUAUUUAUUGUUAAAAAUAUUAGUAACAUUGCCCAUUACUACAUCAUCUGCAGAAAGAUCUUUCUCUACAUUACGUCGCUUAAAAACAUAUCUCCGUAAUACAAUAAGUGAGUCGCGAUUAAAUGGGUUAGCGUUACUAAACAUCCAUACAGAUAUAAGUGUAUUACCUGAAGAGGUUCUAAAUCACUUGGUUAAAUAUUCUAAUCGUAGAUUAAAUUUAAGACUGAAUCUAUAAUUUAUUAUAAAUAAAUAUAAUUCAUGAAUA